AUGCUCCCAUCUUCUCCCUUCUCCUUCUCCUUCUCCUCCUCCUCCUCCUCCUCCUCCUCCUCCUCCUUCACUGCUCCAUCGACGGCCGCUCAGGCGACUGGCACGUACACAACAGCCGACACCACCCGCGUUGCCUCCGACUCCAACGAUGAGGAUCAGGACUACAUCUGCCCUCACUGCGACCGCAUCUUCGCCUCACACAUUGGCCUGGUCGGUCAAUUGCGAAUCCAUCGCACAGAGACUGGCGAACCAAUGCCUGGAACACCAACCUACACCCACCGCAGCUGCCUCCACUGUCCACACUGCCCUCGCACCUUCACGCAUCGCAUGGGUUUAUUGGGCCACAUACGCAUCUACGAGAGUGGAAUUGACCGCCGUACCGACUUAUGUAUCACGCCAAACCCCACCCCCAACAUGAUCACCCUGCGCCCCCACAGCCCUUCCCACAACUAA